AUGCAGCGCGACUACACAGCUGAUAAAGAAACGAUCAAGUCGUUUUUGGCCGAGUUCUACCGCGAGGAAGACGAUGGCAAAAAGAACUUUGUGUACGCCCGGCAGCUGACGAAGAUCGCACACCGCGAACAGAUCCAGCUGACCGUGGAACUGGACGAUAUGAUCAGCUUCCGGGACGAGCUGGCCGAAGCGAUGCAGAUGAACACCCGCCGCUACGUGAAGCUGUUCUCCGAUGCCAUCUUCGAGCUGCUCCCUUCGUACAAGGAGCACGAAGUGAUGCACAAAGACACGCUGGACAUCUUCAUCGAGCACCGGUUGAUGAUGCAGGGACGGCUGCACAACCCGACCGAUGUGCGGGACGGUCGCAACGCCAUCCCGAUGGAGCUGGUCAAGCGGUACGACGUGUACUUCAAGGCUCCGAGCUCCUCGAAGGCGGUCGCGAUCCGCGACGUAAAAGCGGAACACAUUGGCAAGCUGGUAACGGUGCGUGGUAUUGCAACGCGCUGCACCGAGGUGAAACCGUUGAUGACGGUCGCCACCUACACGUGCGAUCGGUGCGGCUCGGAAACAUACCAGCCCGUGACGUCGAUGAGCUUCAAGCCGACCAUCGAUUGUCCCUCGGAGGACUGCCGUGUGAACAAAGCGGGUGGCCGGUUGUAUCUGCAGACACGCGGGUCCAAGUUCGUGAAAUUCCAGGAGAUCAAGAUCCAGGAGCACAGCGAUCAGGUCCCGGUUGGUCACAUUCCGCGCUCGCUGACGGUGAUGUGUCGUGGUGAGACGACCCGUGCGGCCCAGCCCGGUGAUCACGUGGUGAUCACGGGCAUUUUCUUGCCCCAGCAAAAGAGUGGCUUCCGUGCGAUGGUAUCGGGGCUGCUGAGCGAAACGUUCGUCGACGCGCACCGUAUCAUUUGCCUGAACAAGUCGGACGACGGUGAGAUGAGCAACGAGCUCACGCGCGAGGAACUGGACGAGCUGGCGAAGGAUGAUUUUUAUACGCGCAUCGCCAGCAGUCUCGCACCUGAAAUUUACGGCCAUCUGGAUGUGAAGAAAGCGCUGCUGCUGCUGCUCGUGGGCGGUGUCGAUCGCAGCCCGGACGGUAUGAAGAUCCGUGGUAACAUCAACAUCUGCCUCAUGGGUGACCCGGGUGUGGCCAAAUCGCAGCUGCUGGGAUACAUCGAUCGUUUGGCCGUACGCAGCCAGUACACGACGGGUCGCGGUUCGUCCGGUGUUGGUUUAACGGCCGCCGUCAUGAAGGAUCCGCUCACGGGCGAGAUGGUCCUGGAGGGUGGUGCACUGGUACUUGCCGAUCAGGGCGUUUGCUGCAUCGACGAGUUCGACAAGAUGGCCGAGCAAGAUCGCGUGUCGAUUCACGAAGUCAUGGAGCAGCAGACGAUCUCGAUCGCAAAGGCCGGCAUUAUGACGUGUUUGAAUGCGCGCGUAUCGAUCCUUGCCGCCGCUAAUCCCGCGUAUGGUCGGUACAAUCCACGUCGUACGAUCGAGCAGAAUAUUCAGCUUCCGGCGGCUCUGUUGUCUCGGUUCGAUCUGCUGUGGCUUAUCCAGGACAAACCGGACCGGGAUAAUGAUUUGCGGCUCGCGAAGCACAUCACGUAUGUGCAUCAUCACGGCAUGCAGCCACCGUCGCGCAUCAAAACGCUCGACAUGUCGCUCAUUCGGCGGUACAUUUCGCUGUGCAAGCGUAAAAUCCCCGUUAUCACGCCGGAACUGACGGAUUACAUCGUAAACGCGUACGUUGAGCUUCGGCGCGAGGCCCGCAACAGCCGCGAUAUGACGUUCACUUCGGCGCGUAAUCUGCUCGGUAUUUUGCGCCUUUCGACGGCACUAGCACGGCUCCGGUUGUCGGAUACCGUCGAGAAGGACGACGUUAUGGAGGCGCUCCGGUUGCUGGCCAUGUCGAAGGAUUCACUGAAUCAAACCGAGCAGCGCGACACACAUGUUCAAAACACAUCGGACAAGAUCUUUGCCCUGGUGCGGGAGUUGGCCGGCGAAAGCAAAACGGUAAAGGUGUCCGACAUCAUGGAACGCUGCACCACCAAGGGCUACAAACCGGACGAAGUCGAUUCGUGCAUCGAAACCUACGAGGAGCUGAACGUGUGGCAGGUCAACCAAACGCGAACGAAGAUCACAUUCCUGUAA